AUGGCCCGAGAUAUCCUCCUGUUAAUAUAUAACAGAUCAUUGUUCAAGGCUCACUGGGCCAUCUACAUCCCCAGCCUCGCAGACCCAGGCGUAGGCAAGAAGAUCCAUGUCCACGGAGAUGUCUUAAACGGCUUCACGCUGCAAUUCCUCAGAAACUAUGCUUUGAAGUCGGAGACUCUGGCCCAUCAGGAGGUACUUUUACAUCAAAUUAACGAUGUGUUUGUGCUCGACGGUUCCGGAGGAGAAGAAUACGCUGAUAUCACUCCUUCCGAUCGGAUUGAGGAAGUGGCCUUGUCCGUAGCAGCUCCAGGGCCAAGCAUGAACUCUGCCAGCGCAAGUAGUGGUGUAAGUUGGAUGUUUUAUAUAUUUCCUGGGAAGAGUCCAAGAGCUGACUGA